AUGUUUCUCCUCAAGGCCGAUUGCCAAGACGCCGACGGGUGGGAGCUGAUAAACGACGAUGGAUUCGUGCACAAGCGCAAAAAGCGGCCGCGCCUCGACCUCGCCGUUGCUUAUCACCCACUGGAUCCAACGGCAGGAAGGAGGUACCGUCGUCAACGGAAGAAGAGAGCUCUCGCGAAGCUAAGGAGCAAGUAUUUACAAGAGAUAAGCCGCUGGGAACUUUUAUCAAAAAAGUUGAAGGAAACGCAGCAGGAAGCCAUGACGUGUUCACUCAAGUGUCAGGAUCUGGAAACCACUACAUCGUCUGAUGAGGUAUUGAGCUCAGAACAACGGUGCACGUCAGAUUCCGCAAGACAUCGAGUAGUUGAUAAUCUUCUCUCCCGGGUUCAAGUUCAGGAGGCAUUAAUCAAAAGAUUUUCAGAUUUAUGUGAUGUAGCUGAAGCACUGUUGAACUCCCAAGAGGACAGAUUGAAACAACAGUUCUGCGACUUACCAAUUUGGGAAUCAUCCCCGCGUCACCUGAUGGCUGAAUUAUGUGAAAAAUAGCUAGCAGCAAGUACUUUGGUCAUAUGAAGGUAUAAUUCAGAUUGAGAGAGUUUCCAUUAGGCAAAGCUGUAUGAUCCAUUGCUAAAUGCUACAGUUGUAUGUUUGUGUGGUAUGUAUUUCUAAUCUAUCUUUAAUCAGUGAUCCUGUAGAGCGUAACCAUUCGAAAAAAAAUCUUGUGCUGUGUGGAAGAACAGGCUAGUCCACAAUGGAUGUCUUCUUUUCCUGACUUUGUGUUUCCCUAAUGUGUCUUGCAGGCAUUGUUUCCAUUUCUCUCUUUUUCGCCUGGUGAUUUGAUCUGAUUGGCCUUUCUAGGUUGGAAUUCUUGAUGCAGAAGAAACUUAUAGUGGAUGAUCAAAUCAAUUGGUUAGUGUGGGUAUGUGCUUGUUUGUUAGCUUAGAUCCUGGCUUUGACUCUUUUUCUUUCCUAUUUGGUUUGGUACCUGUUUUAUGGUGUUGUUAAUUAGGGGUGGCAAAUUGGGCCGGCUCCGUUUUUUCGUGCCUGCCAGCCUGACCCGAGAAUAUUUUGGAGCUGCUAG